AAAGCCCCUUCAUGAAAUAGUUAGGAGUCAAACGAUGGUGUUAAAAGGGUUUUGUGGUUUACCGCUUCGUUAGUAACGCACGACGUCGAAACCCUCGGCGAGCAAAUACCAGCCAGUAAACGACAAACCCAUGCCCUUAUCCUUGUCCUCCGCCGGCGGCGGCGCCGGAGCCUGCGCAGUCGCAACCUUCACAAAGCCAGCUCAGUUGCCACCCCGUAAACGGCGGGUCUCUGGAUUGUUCUUCUCCCGCACGGCUGAUAGCGAGGCCGGUCGCCUCUUGUCACGCGUCGCUUCCGCCUAUCCAGCUCCGCCCUUCGUUCCUGAGGUAGAGAAAGCGGUGGAAUCUUUACGCCCGAAUUUCAGAGAGGUAGAUAAUUUGGUGGCGCAUAACUCCAUGCGCGUUUUGAAAGCCUUUCAGAACGCCGGAAUUGGAUCGCAUCAUUUUAGUGGAUGCACAGGUUAUGGUCAUGAUGAUGGUGGAGGGCGUGAAGCACUUGACCGUGUUUUUGCUGAAAUUGUUGGAGCAGAAUCAGCUAUAGUUCGCUCCCAGUUUUUCUCUGGCACACAUGCCAUUACCUGUGCUUUGUUUGCUUUUCUGAGACCUGGAGAUGAGCUUUUAGCAGUUGCUGGAGCUCCUUAUGACACCUUAGAGGAAGUGAUUGGGAUCAGAGAAUCAUCUAGCAAUGGAUCCCUCAAAGAUUUUGGAGUGACAUAUCGAGAAGUUCCACUUGCAGAAGAUGGGAACCUCAGUUGGGAAGAACUUACAUUUGCUGUGGGACCUCGUACAAAAUGUGCUUUGAUACAGAGGUCGUGUGGUUAUUCUUGGCGUCAAAGCUUAAGUGUCGCUGAUAUCCAAAGAGCUAUAACAAUGAUAAAGAUGCAGAAACCAGAUUGCAUGGUCAUGGUUGAUAAUUGCUAUGGUGAAUUUGUGGAAAUAUACGAACCUCCUAUGGUGGGAGCUGAUUUAAUUGCUGGGAGCUUAAUAAAGAACCCUGGAGGAACUAUUGCACCCUGUGGUGGGUACGUUGCAGGAAAAAGAACGUGGGUUGAGGCUGCAGCAACAAGACUUUCUGCACCUGGUCUUGGAGUAGAUUUUGGAUCAACACCAGGUGAUGUGAGGCGAGCACUUUUCCAAGGCUUAUUCCUUUCACCCCAGAUGGUUGGAGAGGCAAUAAAGGGAGGUUUACUCAUUUCAGAAGUAAUGUCAAUGAAAGGUUACAAAGUCCAACCACUUCCAGGAGGACCUCGUUUUGAUACUGUACAGGCAGUACAGCUUCGAAGCAGAGAUCGUCUAAUAUCUUUCUGUGAAGCUGUUCAAAGAUGUUGUCCUGUUGGAUCCUUUAUAAAACCAACUGCUGGUGUGACUCCUGGAUAUGCAUCAGAGGUAAUCUUUGCAGAUGGAACAUUUGUUGAUGGAAGCACGAGUGAGUUGUCAUGUGAUGGACCACUUAGGGAGCCAUUCACAGUUUUCUGUCAGGGAGGGACACACUGGACUCAUUGGGCGUUUGCUUUAGGAGAAGUCCUGAAGGUAAUUUAGAGUCAAGGCAAAUCACAACUUUCUGGACCGAGCUGACGGAGUGAUUCUUCGAAUUUGUUCAUGCACAUGAGAAGGCGUCAAAAUCAUUAUGUUUAUUGGAGUCGAUAAUUCGAUUUCUCAGUUGAAACAAUGCGACCAGUUGCCUCUACAACUUGUUCAAGAUCCUCUUCCAGAGAUUCAGUUGCAAAAACAAUGUGGAUUGGUUUUUUAGCUGAAGCUCAAAGAUUUUGCCAAUGGUUAUUUUGUAGUAGAUGGCAUAUUGUGUUCUUUGAUCGAGGAGGAUCCACAUUAUUUAUGUAAUUGAUUUCGUCUAGUUGAAUAAAAUUUGAUUAUUAUUUGUUAAAC